GCAGUGGAGGAAGCUGCAGAAGCUGAGCAGGACUGUGGUGUAUUGUCUGGAAGGGCUGCGGGGCUUCCUUCUGGCCCCAAUUCGCAGGCUCUGGGAUGGAUGGUCACUAUCGGCCAGGCCCCGGGGGCCCUGGAGCCCACACAAUCACACAGCACAUAUAGCCACACCCACAGGGUGACAGACACACAGAGCCACGUGAUGUCUUCCGGAGCCCUCAAUCUCACCAAUCUGGGAACCCCCGCAUGCAGCCCCGGGGCCCCUGUGGUGGAUGGGACAAAACGGCCCAGCUGUUCCCUCGAGCCUCACACAGACCCAGACGCACACCCAUGCAGACACCCUGCUCCCACGCGCACUCUGCUCACAUCAGCCGCCCUGCCCGAGCCCAGCAGCAGAUACCUGGGGGGGGAGGGUGGCGAGGGGUGUCUUGUGGUCGCUGUGCCUGGGGGCCUAGCCCCUCAGCCUCCUAGCAGCAUCUUCCCCAAGGGGCCACAUUUCUUAGGAAGGGAAUGUGGUGUCACUGCCUUCCGGACCAUUGCGCCACAGGCCCUUCCGACCACGUGGCUGCCAGGGCUCGGUGGGUGGGUCGGGGGAGGCGGGGAGAGCCGUAAUUACCUGCCCCCGAGAAUAUUCUGGCUCACGGCAUCCCUGGUGGGCCUGACAGAAGUGGCCACUUAUGGGGAGAGGAGAGAGGUGUGAGAGGUCAGCAGAUGCGCUGGCCUUGGGUGAACUGAGCAAGCCCUUCUCCUUCAGUGCCUUUGUUUUUAGUAAAAUGGGGGCCUGGACUAGAAGGCCUCACUCAUCCUUUCCAGAUGGAAGCUUCGGAUGGAAAGGCAGCUUUUCCUGGUUCUGCAGGCAUAGCUCAGAGUGCCAGGCUGCUCCUGAGCCGCAAAGCCUGCCAGAGUCUAACUGCAUGACUGGCUGGGAUCUGUUACAGGUGGGCCCAGGGGCCUGUGGCCAUGGCCGUCCCUUAACCCAGAGGUUUUACGAAGAGCAGCCCCACCAGGGCCCCCGGUGUCAGCUCCUGAGGUUGGCAGGCUUGACUCCAGCUGGGCUCACCACCUCUUCUCAAAGGCCUACUUGGCGAAUUGUAGCCACUGUUUCGGGGGCUGGACAGUGACUUGCUGGGAAGGUAGCGGGGGGUGGGGGCAGCAGGUGCUCCCGUGCAGGUGCAGUGCCCAGCACCACUCUCAACGGCACAAAGGUGUGGACCAUGGAGUUGUGUCCUCCGAGGCCCUCUUGAGCGCCGUCCCCUCUGAAAGCUGCCCACAUGUGGCUUCCUCCCCACAGUCAGGUAACCCAUGCCCUCUCUGCCCCAGGUCUGGUCCUCGGACUCCUGUUCCUGAGCACGGCGGCCAAGGGCAAGUGCUCAGGCAAAUACCACGAACUCCUCCGGCAGCUCCGGCAUCAGGCAGACCACAUGCGGGACACCAGCACACUCCUGGACCCCUAUAUCCGCAUGCAAGGCCUGGACACGCCUGGACUGAAGGAGCACUGCAAGGAUCGCCCUGGGGCCUUCCCCAGCGAGGGCACCCUCAGGGGGUUCAGCAAGCGGGUCUUCCUGCAGACCCUCAACACCACACUGGGCCUUGUCCUGCACAGACUGACCGCUUUACAGCAGGACCUCCCCGAAGCCCAGCACCUGGCGAGGCUGAACAUCCGGGGACUCAGGAGUAACAUCCAUUGCAUGUACCAGCUGCUUCUCGGAUCCUCGGAGGCAGAAACAGCUGAGCCCACUCAGCCAGGCCCCAGGGCCACGCCUCCGCCCACUCCCCCAUCGGACGCAUUCCAGCACAAGCUGAAGGGCUGCAGGUUCUUGCAUGGCUACCACAGCUUCAUGCACUCGGUGGCGCAGGUCCUCCGGGAGUGGGGGGAGAGCCUGGGCCGGAGCCGGAGCAGGAGACACAGCCCCCACCCAGCCCUGCAGAAAGGGGCCCGCAGGAUGCGACCCCUCAGGAGGGACAAGAGACUCAUGCCCAGGGGCCAGCUGCCCCGGUAGCCUUAGGAGCGCCCCUGCCAGGUGAAAGUUCAGCAGGUACUCUGCAGGAUGACACCGCUCCGUUCCCCACCUCUUGGAAGUGCACUUUGAGGGGUGGGAGCUGGGCAGCCCCUCUACCUCCUCUGGUCUGGGGGGCAUGGGGUCCAGCUAUUGAGCCCCCCAGCCCUGAGUUCCUCAGUCCUGGUGGGGUGGCCGGGUCAGGUCCACACGGGGCCAACUUUCCAUUGAUUCAGGGGUCUGAUGACACAGGCUGACUCAUGGCCAGACUGGCUGCCCCCCCAGCUCUGCUCCCCGGAGGCCUGCCGGACUGUCCCUCUCAUGACUUCCUCCUUUCCAUAGUGGCCUCGUUGUAGAGGGGGGUCAGGGCCUGAGGUGGCCUCCUGUGCCUCAUCACCAGUCUCGGGCCAGACCCCUGGAUGUCUGGAUGACCUCACUUUAGGCAGCUGUGAUGGGGCAGUGCGUACAAGAAGGAGCACUGAUUUGGGGGGAUCCAAAAUUGGCCCCUAACUCACUGUGUGGCCUCAGCAAGGUCACUUUACCUCUCUGGACCUCAGUUUUUUUCUUUGUGAUUUGAAGGGUUGGGUACCAUGUAAAUCCCUCUCUGCCUGUCAGUUGCUGGGACUCUGUGACAUAGGGUGGAUAUCAGAUUCUCUGCGGACAUAGAGACGCAUGAUACAAUGGACACUGGUUAACACAGAGCUCUCUGGAGGAAACCUUCUAGCGCCUGGUUGCAGCUGGUCUCUGGUCCCGGCUCCUGGCUGCUCCCCCUGGUGGUGUGUCGUGGUAUUUUCUUAUGCUGAAACCAUUGCUCUCCUGGAGGGGGGUCCCAGAAGCUGCCGGGCUGAUUCCUUGGAAGGACAUGACUAAUUUAUAGAUUUGUUUUUAAUCUGUUUCCUAUUUAUAAGGCUUAUUUAUGAUGUGUAUUUAAUGUUAAUAUUGUGCAACAUAUAUUUAAAACUUGCCUGGUUUCUAAA